AUGAUUAUCCCCGACGAUAUCCUUGCUGCAGAUGCAGCAGGGAGAAUCCCCAGCGGGGUUUCCCUCGAAUACCUAGCACAGUCCCGCGAUAGCUCCGCCAUCGUGGGAAUCAUUUUCAUGAUAUGCUUCACGGGCCUGUUGAUGAUUGUACGCCUAUAUGCCCGCGCAUUCAUUGUGAAGAAGAUUGGUUUGGACGAUGCAUUGGCCGUCCUGACAUUGAUGCUCUACAUUGCCUUUGUCGCCCUCUCUAUCGCCCUAAUCAACUUGGGAAGCGGUCGCCACAUCGAAUACAUCCAAUAUGUGCUAUCACUUCCCACAGUCCGCGAGACCGAAGUCCUAGACUUCGUCGCCCACAUUCUUUACACAACGGCUCUAUUCCUAUGUCGUCUCUCGGGUCUAGCCUUCUACUACCGCCUCACAGCCCGCUCAACAAAACUCCACCUGAGCAUCAUCAUCGCCGCACCGCUCCUUGUCGCCGCAUACCUACCCCAGCUCUUCCUCCUGAUCUUCCACUGCAAACCAGUAACAGGGCUCUGGCCAUAUGAAUGGCAGGUCGAGCCAAAGACCUACACAUGUCUCUCAUGGGGACUCGUGUACUCGGUGAACUCGGGGCUAUCUCUCGCAUGCGACCUGCUGAUGUUCGCGAUCCCGGCCGCACUCAUCAAGGGACUGCACGUCUCCUUAGAAAAGAAGAUCAAGCUAUCGAUUGUGAUGUUCCCCGGUGUCUUCGUAAUCGUAAUCUCCUCAAUCCGCGUCUGGCUCGUGGCAGAGGGCCAAUGGAACUCCGACGGCAGCUGGGCCUACAAUCCGAUGAUGUGUGUCGAGAAUGCCGAGAUCGCUGCAACUCUAGUCGCGCUCUCAGUUCCAGCGCUGAAACCCGUCUUUGGAAACCUGUUCGCACACUUGACUGAGUACACUUCCAGUCACACGCGCUCGCGCUCAACAAAACUGCACAGCCUCGGUCAUUCCAAGACUAUUGGCAGUGCUGCGAUAUCCAGUAAUCGGGAUAGCAAGCGUCUCAUUAACUGGUCGAAGAUUGGGAAGGAUGAUUAUGAGAUGAUGCCUUCUGAGGUCUCGGUUUCGAGGGAUAUUAGGGGUGGGUCGAGGGGGAGUGAUCGCAGUGGGGAGGAGGAGAAGAAUAAUGGUUCGCAGAGUCCCGGGAUUCGGGUUACGAAUGAAGUUAAUAUUAGUCGUGGGCAGGAGGACAGGGUUGAGAAGCCUGGGUCUAGAGAGAGUUAA